AUGUGUGCGCAUGCGCAGUCUCGCAUCCAGGGGCGAAAGCACAGGGCGCAGUUUGGGAGCGAGCAGGUUUGACAGCAGUAAACAGAGCUGCAGGAAUCAUGGGAGCUGUCUUCCUGCCAGCGGACACGGCCCACGCUGUGCUGAGGAGGCUCCCGAGAGCGAACUUCUUUCUGGAGGAGAUGAAGCAGGGCAACAUCCAGAGGGAAUGCCGGGAGGAGGUGUGCAACUACGAGGAGGCCAGGGAGGCUUUCGAAAAUGAUGAGAAAACGAGGCGUUUCUGGGAGGAGUAUCAGCGUGAGAGCAGCCCCAGACCCGGCGGAUUUGACUCGAUAGCGGGCGGAGUCAACUCCAUCUACUUGAUCCUCCCCUUGCUUCUGGUGGUUCUCCUCAUCGCUGCCAUUUCCAUCACGGUGUGGAGGUGUCACUCGCGCAAGAGGUCCCAGCGCAGCCCUGCUAUUGGCCGGCCUCGGAGAGACGCUGCCCUCGCGGUGGUGGCUAUGGACCAGUGGGGACGGGACUACCAGCCGGACCUCAGCCCCCAUUCGGAAAUCAGCGCACACAGUAGCCCCGCCUACCCGGGCGCCGACAUCACGCCUGGGCGGGGCAGCGGCGGGGAUUUGCCUCCGUCUUAUGAGGAGGCAGUAGGUCAUAUGGACGUGCAGAUUGAGGAGGAGGCUCCGCCGCAGUAUGACGACAUCAUCAAUAACCCUGCUAGCAGUAUUGUGAUUGGCCAAGGGAAGUGAAGGUUACUCCACCACGUAAUCUGCUAAUAUACCCUAACUUUUAAGGUUUAUUCCAAUCCCAUCACUGCUUCUCUUGUUUCUCUGCCUACCCCGUCCUUCUUACACUCUUUACACUGGGGCCCAGCCAGCUGUCUCACUACUGAUACAGAGUUUUUAUAUCCGAGGAAAACAAAGCUGAGUCACUUCCUAAGCAGUGACGUGACUCUGAAUGCAUCCUAACGUUUAACAGGAGCCUAAAUAUGGCCGCAGCGGAAAAAAGCAAGUGAGUGCAACGCCCAGUGUUGCUCAGAAAGAGAAAACAAACCUAGUAAAAGUGCUUAUGCAGCCGACGUCACUGUCACUUCUCCCCCGUUCAACAGUUGCAGGGUCAGAAAUACCUCGAAAUCGAGUGUUAACCUCAGCUCCCCGGCCAGGCCAGGCCCCGGCCUAGAGCCUGUCUACUCUCUGAGUCAUAGGAGCGAAUACUGUAGAGGAAGGGGGUUUGUUUUCCUUUCCCUAGUUACAUCUCCAUGAUGAUGCAGCACUGUUAACCUACAACAUUCCGCCUCAUUAGAUAGCGCAACACUAGCAAUAUUGAAAAACACGAAACCUCUGUGGAUCCAGUUAACAGCUAGAGGGCUACAGCACUUCCUGUAGCAAACCUGAAUCAGCUAACCCGAUAAUUAGGAAGCCCUACAUGAACUGAAUCAGGUAUGUGAGAGCAGAGAACAAAGAAAACACUAGACUGCACAGCAGGGGUGCACCGAUCAUGAGUUUUUAUGGCUGAGUCUGAUUUCUUACAGCCUAAUUGGCUGAUUUUAUUAACCUUUUAGUUGUUUUUUAACUUUAAGUUCACACUGUUAAAUGGACACAUAACAUGAAACAUAUUAGCACAGUUCCAGUGGAGGUGGGCAAAAUAUAUCACGAUACUUAAAGAAAUUUACUGAUAUGUCCUGAGAUUUGUUUUUUUUUUCUGACUUCAAGAAGGAGCAAGUAGAGCCAAACAAAAACUUUGUGUACAGAUGAUUUUUAUUCAACGUUUCACACAAUGUUGAAUAAAAACCUGCACUAAUUUCAAUUAAAAAUAAACACACAGUUGAUCAGUGUUAUUUAAUGCCCAGCCCUAUUUUCCAGCACUUUCUAUUAGCCAAAGUUGCAGUAUAAAUAGAAUUAUUUGUUCUUUAAUGGGCCAAACUGGCAUUUUAAAUCCUUAGUUCAGUUGCCUGUUUAAAUAACAUGACUAAAAUAAAGUGCUACAUUGAUAAUAGAGAGCAACUGGCUACUUAGCACUGUGAGUCAUUAGGCCUGUCACAUUAUUACGAAAUUAUUUGAGCUGAUCGCGAUUCUUUAAGCUGACCGCUAAACAUUUUCCACAGUUGUUGAUUUCAUCAUUUUCUGCAGUCAUAUGCAAAAGUUUGGGUGCCCCCUGGUCAAAUAACAUGUUGAUUUUCUAAAUAUCCUCUACAGAGAACACACAUUUAAAUGCACAGUUACUGUUUAUUUGCUGAAUUUACCAUAUAUUAAAAAAAAUAAAACUGCUUUUAUUUUCUUCCAUUGUGUUAAACUCAGCAAAUAUAGAGACUGUGCAGUAAAAUUCACAGAAAAGCGCCAUAUUUAAGGCUGUUCCCUGUAGACAAUGUUUUGACACAUUUUCACUUAGAAAAUCAACAAAACAUGUCAUUCCUAGGGGUGUUAAAACUUUUGCAUACGACUGUUGGUUUACACAGCAAACAGAAUGUGAACUGGGUGAAUCAGGUUGAGGCAAAUGAAUGUAAAUAAAAGAAACUGAGAAGUCAGGGAUCUUACAAAACAGCAGAUGCUCUAACCUGGUGCUUUAACAUGUUCUGAUGGCAGCAGUGAGUAAUGUUUGUUUACUUGUAAGCUGUUGUUUCUAAUUUUAGCAUUUUAGCAUGUAUUCUUUUAGAACAGAUGUUUGUUUUUGCACGUGUUUACUAAACAAGACAUUUGUGUGGCUAAGUAAGGUUAGUCGGUCAGCCAGUUUGGCCACUUCAGGCUCGUACGUUGAUGGUUGCGUAAAACGAGCAAAAAAGAUAAAUUGGUAAUUGCAGUGAUUUUAUAUGAUGAUUUCUUGUUAUCUACAAAUUUAUGGUAGUGACAGGCCUAUGAGUCAUGCAUAUUUAAUGCUACGACAGUUCGGUACAGGUGUAGCAGCAGCAUUCAAACAGCACUCACCUGUCUCACAUUAUGUACAUCACAAAGUUGCAACACAGAUCAGCCAAAUUCGAAAUAAAUUGCCAGUUGCGAUUAUGCAUCCCUGCUGUGCAGUUCUGCCCAGAACUGUAAUGCGUUAAAGGAAUAGCUUGACCAAACAUGCUAAUGUGGCUUACGAUGAAUGGAAGCUAUUAGCCACCAAAUAUGUCUUUGUCAUGAUGCCAAUUGGUGCCUAUAUGAUUUCAUUCACUUUUAGACUGUAGACUGGGGUUCAAUCCCUGCCUGGGUAAGCACCCCACACUAUACCAAUAAGAGUCCUUGGGCAAGACUCCUAACACUGCCUUCGCCUACCUGUGUAAAAAUGAUCGAAUUGUAAGUCGCUCUGGAUAAAAGCGUCAGCCAAAUGCCAUACAUGUAAAUGUAAAUGUAGAUUUCUUAGGCCGGACUACUGAAAUAAACUUGAUGCUGUGAUGUAUUUGGACAGUAGUGUGAUAGUAAACAUUGCCAGCGCUAAUUUUAUGCAAAAAGGCCAAAUUGGUGCCACUUCAGCCUUGUAAUUUGAGCCCAGCCCAUGUCAUGAUGCUAAUUGGUGCCUAUAUGAUUGCAUUCACUUUUAGCAACAUUAGCAUUUUGGAUCUGAACCUCCUCUUUAGUUUUGGGUUGGAUGCUGCUGUUCUCAUUGGAAGGCUCACACUGCGUCUGUUUGAGGGCUGUGAAUUGUUAGUGACUCUUGUUUUUUAUGGCUGUGUUCCAAAUAGCAUACUGUGUACUGUAUACUGUGUACUGCACCAGUAUAUGCUGAACACUGCACACUUCUCUUCAGUAAGAUACUGUAUAGUAUCCAGUAUACAACAAAAGCCAGACCCUGAAGACCUGCUUCAUUUUCCUUAGCCCUCCAGUUGCUGCUUAGUAACCAUUGCUAGCCACUUUUUGGCUCACUUUUCAGGUCAGAUCUUUAGCAUGUGAAUGUAUUUUGGUCAAGAGACGUGCCUGCUGAGUUUUGAAAGAUACCAAGUCAGCAUGGAGGGUGUUUUCUACCCAGAGCUGGACAAUAUGGCCUAAAAAUGUAAUAUCACGAUACUUCAAGAAGUUUUCACCCUACACAAUAUGCCACAAUUAUUUUUAUAAGGAUAGAACAGGCAAAGUAGUGCUGUAUUUAAAAAUACUAUCAAAAACUGAGCUCCCUGGAGAAAGAAUUAGUCACCUCACGUGUUUAAGGUGGUAGUAAAUUCAGGCUUCUGCAGAUAAAAAUCGCUUUACUUCCAGUCAAGAAUUGCUUUUGGAAGUCAAAGCAGGUCCUUCACAGCCAAUUUCUGAAAGAACUUUCUGCAAGGAAGCGAUUUUUAUUCACAUGGUGUGAAACACGCCGUCAGUUUCGUCUUUCGGCCACAAAUCUAACAAGAAUUUCCUGUAGACUGGGAUUUUUGCCACUUCUGGUCGACCCGUAUGACCGCACGCUUCAAUACACCUGCAGACUCAGCUACUUCCUUCACCCUGUGGCCUUUGGCAUACUCUGCCUUUGCAAUCACUCCUUUUUGCCAAUCAAUAACGUCUGCUUUGCGACCCAUUUUCCACACAUUGAAUGAGACAUUCAUUGCACUGUACCACCUCUUCUCAAUCUAUGAAUCCCGUCACACACCCCACUGGUAUUUAUAGCCCGAUCAACCUUGUGCAGGAGACUGAAGUGACUACCCCCUUAAACAUGCAAGGCGACUCAUUUUUUGUCCGAGGAUCUUAUGAAUACAAUGAUUUGUUUAUACACUGAGCUGCAACCAAUAUAAGUUAAACACUUUUAAGAGUUAAACACUUUAUACACUGAGCUGCACUACAUCCCAUUAAACACGACUAAUUGUGCUUUGCAACCGAACAUGCAGUUGCGAAGUCUUUUUAAAUGCUGAUAUUUACAAUAUGCUCAAAAAAGUAUAUUGUGACACACUGUGAUGUAAUUUAUCAUGACAUUGAUAAAUAUUCUCAUAUUGCCCAGCUCUAUUUCUACCCAUCUCCAAAGCGCAACAAAUCCUACUUUUGCUAAAAGGUCAGUCAUUUUCACUUUCAUUACACUUGUUGGUAAAAUGAGCUAGUUUGACUGAAUAAUAAGCAGUGUGACUCCACACGUGAGCCUGAAAAGCCAGGCUAAAGCUAAUGUUUUAACUACAUUAUCUGAGCAGUCAGUUAACUUUAUUAAACAAAGUAAGCAAACCCACCUCAAUACACUGCAAAAAUGGUAUCUUGUCAAGUAAAAUUAUCCUAAAUAUAGUCAAGAAAUUUAAGAUUUCUUCUGUUAAGAUAGUUAAAUAAUCUUAAAUCAAGAUAACAACAAAGUUCUUGACAUUUUUACUUGUUUGUAAUUUUAACAAGUAAAAUUAUCUCACCAUAUUGGCAGAUAAUUUAGCUUGUUUUAAGAAAUCAGCUUGAAACCAGCAAAAUUAUCUGCCAGUAUAGUGAGAUAAUUUUACUUAAUAAAAUGACCUAAAACAAGUAAAAAAAAUGUGGAAAUAAGCCAGAUAAUCUUAUAAUACGAAAAAAUAAAUCUUAUAAAGUGCACAACCAUGUACAAAUGGGAAAUAUUAGAUAUAUCGACUAGAAUUAAGAUCAUUUAUCUUGGCAAGAUACCAUUUUUUGCAGUGUGCCAGCAGAAAAAGCUGAUGAGGCUUCAGCUUUGCACUCAGUGCAGCAGCAAAACAAAUUAUUUCCCUUUCAUUUCAUUAAUGUAUCCAUAUAAAACUGAUUCCCCAGCCAUUAAAUUGUUCAGAGCAAACCGGGCGUUUUUACGUCAGUGGUUACAUCACAGCCAGGUGUUUUUAUUGUAAUGGAGAACUCCAUGUUUGUCGCACAUACAUACUGCUUUCAGGUACUGUCAGUACAUGAGCAGGAUGCACAACCUAUUUUGAACACAGCCUGCACAGUUUAUGCAGAGUGAAUCAGCUUUGUGACUGUUUUAGUGCCAUUAUCGUAAAAUCGGCCCUCUCGGUUGUGUCCGUAUUCACAUGUGCUGGAUGAAUGCGUUUGUGCUCGUGCGGUGAAUCAUGCAGUUACAGAUAAGAAAGACGAUGGAGGCGGGAAAAUAACAUUUUUAUCUCUUUAUUGUGGCAGGAUGAGAAUACUGAAGAACCCGUUUAACAAUGAGGUUUAGUUACUAUGAUGUUCAGGCGGAAAGUAAAUCUGCUAUGCACUGAUUUUUCUUUUUUAGAUUUUAUUUUUACAAAGAGAAUAAUUAUGCAUUUUUUAAAAAAAAUAAUUUGGAUACAGCCUCAUGCAGGUUUACGAGUUAAAAAAAAUAUUCAGGUGAAAAACUGUACACUCAUUAUCGGCAAGAAAUAAUGGAGUGUGUAUGUAAUAGUGAUUCGAGAGACAACUGCUAAGUGUUGUCGUUAGGCAUGUUUUUGACUGAUUUCAGGAAUUCUCUCAGAUUCAGGCUGAGAUUACUAACCCUUUUUUAAAACGUGAAUAACGUGAGAAUGUUCACACAUAUUAAGACGAACUAACACGCGCGUGUUUGUUACAUAGGACUGAACAGUUUGUGUUUUUGUGAAUGUGAUACAGAAGCCUACAUUUCUCCCGGGACAAAUGAAGAUGUUUUACAUCUGUUGCAAUGUAUUUUUUUUUCCGUUUUGUGCAUGGCAAGCCAUGUUUGGACAUUACAUGUCCCCCUCUUGCACAAAGUAAGCAGACAGGUCUUCUCUCAUGACUUUGGCUCCUAGGAAACAGUUCAGUUUUACUUAAUUGCCUGGACGUGCAGCACUGAAGAGUGUACACCGAGUUCAGGAUCAGGAAACUAGGACUGGACCCAAAAAAACAACAAAUUGAAAGAGCCUCAGUGAGGAAACUUGGGCUUUUUUCACAAAAGAUCUCAGAGUUGGAUCCAAGUUCAGUUUUUCCUCACAGAAGAGGAGUUUGACGAUUGCGACUACUGGUACUGAUCAUCCAUAAAGGGGCCAUAUCUUUAAAAACUAAAUUUUGCUUAUUUUUUUGCAGAUAAAGGAGUUUGACAUACUCUGUAGAAUAUAUCUCCCUUCCCAGCAAUUCAUAUGUGGAAACUAAUCCACUAAAACAGCCUGUUAUAGUUGUGAAAUCACAACCAUGUACACUUUUACAUCUGACUACCUGUUCAACCUACAGCAGUUUAGCUCCACCCAUUCGGCCUGUAGAAGUUUAGGUCCUGCCAUUUGGCCUAUGGUAGUUUAGCUCCACCCAUUUAGCCUACAGCAGUUUAGGUUCUCACGUUAGGUCUAUGGCAGUUUGGGUCCACCCAUUCGGCCUAUAGCACUUAAGGUCUUCCCAUUCAGCCUAUAGUAGUUUAGGUCCAGCCAUUCGACCUAUAGUAGUUUAGGUCCAACCAUUUGACCUAUGGCAGUUUGGGUCCACCCAUUCGGCCUAUGGCACUUUUGGUCUUCCCAUUCGGCCUAUAGUAGUUUAGGUCCAGCCAUUCGACCUAUAGUAGUUUAGGUCCAACCAUUUGACCUAUAGCAGUUUUGGUCCACCCAUUCAGCCUAUAGCAGUUUAGGUCCUCCCAUUUGGCCUAUGGCAGUUUAGGUCCUCACGUUAGGUCUAUGGCAGUUUGGGUCCACCCAUUCGGCCUAUAGCACUUUAGGUCUUCCCAUUCAGGCUAUAGUAGUUUAGGUCCGGCCAUUCGACCUAUAGUAGUUUAGGUCCAUCCAUUUGACCUAUAGUAGUUUAGGUCCAUCCAUUCGGCCUAUAGUAGUUUAGGUCCAUCCAUCCGGCCUAUAGCAGUUCAGCCCUGCCGAUUGAGUACACAGCAGUUUAGACUAUAGCAGCCGAGGUCCUCCCAUUCAGCCUACAAGCACUACAGGCCCUCCCAUUUGGCCUACAGCAGUUUAGCUCCACCCAUUCAGCCUAUAGCAGUUUCGGUCCUCCCAUUCGGCCUAUAGCAGUUUAGCUCUACCAAUUCCUGUACAGGUGAUGUAGAGUGUCGUUCAUGCAGACAGUCUAUAGCAGUGUUAUUGGAGUAGAAGGGCACAAUAACAAAAACAGCACUGAAUUUAGGGAGUUAAGUUUGGGAAACAGUCACUGGACUUAAGUGGACUUCAGUGGGAAAACAAAUAGAAAAAAAAUGUUGAAUAUGGCCCCUUUAAGGUGAGAUCUGACCUUAGUUUGAUGUUGCCUUGCUGAUCGACAGUGGUGUAGACUGCUGUUAUGUAGAUCAGGCCUGGAGGCAGAUCAGCUGCAUGAACCACGCAAUCAGAUGACUCCUGGCAUAGGACAGCUCCUAUCUUUUAAAGCCAUCGCUUCUGCACAAGCAGCACCAUAAUGGUGUUUUCCGCUCUAGAGUGGCCAGCUUCCUCCUUCAGAAGGGUUGAUUAGUUGAGAAAAAGCAGUGUUGAGGGAUUAGCGCCAUCUGCAGGACUGCAGUGGUCCAGGGAGCUUCACUGGUAGAAGCACAGUGCUUCUUAUUUUGUUGGGAGAAGAAUUUGUCGCCAAGUCCAGCUCAUUUGACUACUUCAGAAAAGGCCUGUGGAGGCGUAAAGAUUUGCCCUUCAGGUUUCUGAGUGUGUGUUUGUGUUGGCGUGAGAGUAAACACUAUAACAGAGCAUAACGUAAUGCAUAUUUACUGAUAGGUGAUGAGUGAAUGCACUUUUCUUAGGGCACUGUUUGCCCUUUAUCGAGGAACAUUAAUGAUGAUAUAUAACACGGCGAAAGCUGUUUUUCUUUCUUUCUCUCUCUAUUAGGUUUUUCUUCCAUCUGCUCAGCCAGUUUGAGCCAGCAAACCAAACCAUUCUCACUUCGCCUAAUGUGGUCUGUGUUUAGAAAGUAAGGCAAAAUGUGAUUGUUAUUAGAAACAUGGUCAGCGAUGAUGGUCAGCAUUAAAAACUGUAGAUUGGUUGUGAUUUCUAUGCAGUUUAGAGUGUGGUGUGGGUAUUGUUACUAUUUUUUUGCUUAUGCCUUAUAAAAUUUGAGGUGUGUAUGGAUGUGUGUGUAUAUAUAAUAUGAAAAACCUUUUUUUGGAAAUUAUGAGCUUGAAUUUUGUUUGUAAUAAAUGUUUUUCAACCCAGGCUUUUAGUACUUUGUUGCUGUGAGGUAAAUAUUAGCAAAGAAUGUUGUUCAAUUUUUUGUGAUAAUAUAAAGUACUGUGCAGAAGUCAGAGACCACACCUCAUUUUUUAUUUACAGUCAAAAUCGGUUGUUCAUUUUUCAG